CUGGGAUGAGGUGGGAAAGUGGCACCACUUCCGUACUCAGGUGCUCAGUUGUCAGGCCAACAGAAUGGUGCCAGCCACCAAUGCUCACAGGAAGGAUCUCAUUGAGAAGAUAUAUGCACUUGAGGCUGGUGGCACCAGUGAAUUGGAGAAAGGCUUUGAGAUGGCCUUUGACUUGUUGAAUGGAAAAGCCAGAACAGGUUGCCAGUCCAUCCUGGUGUUUGUGACUGACGGCAAGGAUACAGAUGGUGAAAAUGUCAGGUGUGGACCAGGUUACUAUACCAGGAGUGGCUAUGUGCCGGGACCCAUAUGUAAAUAUAACUGGACUAAGGUGUGGGACACUGUCAAGAAUGAAAACCAGCAGAUGACACCUAAGGCCAGAAUAUUUAGCUACCUGACCAAAGAAGAUGGUGAAAUCUUCCCAGGGAAACUUGCCUGUGAACACAGGGGAAGUAUGAAGAGGAUAGACAGUGGAGAAAACCUUAUCUCAAAGAUGAGCAAUUAUUUCAACUUCCUCUCCUCUAAUGCAAUGAACACCAAGGGUCUGUGGACCUCCCCAUAUUUGGAUGCCUGGGGACUGGGACUACUGGUGUCUUAUGUUAUACCAGUAGUCAGCAACAUCACUGGGAAUACCAUAGGAGUGGUGGGAGUUGAUGCUACUAUAGAAGACCUGGAAAAUGUGCUGAAGAGAUACCAGUGGGGCUCUGUGUACUCAUUCCUGAUCAACAAAGAGGGAGAAACAAUAUUCCAUCCCUUCCUCAAACCAAGCACCAAUCUCCUGGAUGACCCCAUCUUUAUCCCCAUCUCUCAGCUGGAGCAGGACAAGGAGGGGCAUCCUACGGAGUUCUCCAAGGUCCUCUCUGAGAUGGUCCAGGGGGAAACGGGACAUCUCAGGAUUGAGAACGGCAGACGGGGAUCACCUAAGGGUGAUUUCAGGGCAGGAAUCAAAUAUGAGAUCAUGCCUUCAACAUAUUACUAUGGUGCUCUGAAUGAUUCAGAAUAUUCCUUUGCCUUCAGUCUGGCAGACACUGAUCAGGAAUUCAGAAGAUCUCAGGAGCCAGUAGACAAGACCAGGUUUCAUGCUCCAGUGAAUAAGAGCUACUUCAACCUUCUCAUUGAAUACAACAGUACCGUGGCUCGGAGAGAAGUUCCAGGGGCGUUUGAGUACCUCGAAGUCAAAUAUAACGAACCUAAAUAUCCAGGUUUACGUGUCACUUAUCUCCACUCCAGUAUAUUCCUAGCACCAAAGUGUUAUUGUGAUCCAAACAAGUACUUUUAUAACGACGACUUGGCACAGAAGACGGUGGAUGCUCAUCUGUGGAUGAACAGCGUAGAUGAGGAGAUGCCAGGAUGUGAGAAUAUGGAAAAUGGAAAAUAUGAAAAGGGUCUAAGAGCUGAUGUCCUGAUCACGCAGCCUAUAGAAGCCCAUUGGAGGAACAGGUCAUUUGAUUCUCUCAAUGAAGUGAAGUGGACAUAUGUAGGAAUGAGGACAGGGGUAUUCAGGACAUACCCAGGUCACAGGUCAACCAGGACAUAUGACCCCUCACAGCGACCUUGGUUCUUCCGCGCCAAGUCCACUCCUGACAAGACAUCCAUCUCCACCCCCUACAUGGACGCCGCGGGAGUGGGGAAGAUUGUCACCAUAUCGCAGGCUGUGUUUGAAGGCAUGACACCAAGAACCACGGAGAACUGCCAGAAUUAUUCCAAAACUGGGCCCUGGCCAGGCGGCUGUGUGUGUGACUCCGACUCAGAUUGUAUUGUAGGAAGAUGUUAUCUGAGCAAGGCCCCAGGCCAUAACCGAGAGCGUCGUCGCUGUGCCACAGAGCGUGUGGAGGCUAUCACGUGCUUGGACAUACUGUACAAUGACUUCCACAAGAACACCAUGGCUAUCAUGCAGGCCAGCGAUGGCAUCAAGUCGUGUGGGAUGAAGUAUGACUGUCCUGAUGGAGAGCCCGACUGUGAAACUAGAUGUUACCUGUUUGAUGACAGAGCAAACCUUAUAGCUGACCCAGACUUCCUGAAUGCCAGUAGCCUGGAUACCAGCAAGUAUAAAGGAGUGACAAUGGGGAAGAAACAAGGAGAAAUCAUGAGAGAGCUGAUUUAUAAGCAUGGGUUUUUCCAGCGGAAAGAAUCUCUAGACUUCCAGGGUUCCUGCAGUAUAUCGCCUUAUGCUCCCAAGGUCACAUUGGAAGGCACUCCCACCAAUCCAGAGGAACAGGACAACUAUUACAAGAACAAAGGCCCUAUCCCAAAGUUUUCCAACACAUAUGGGUGUAUUCAGGAUGUGGUCAGCUUUGAGGCAAACUCUUCUGCAUUAGGUCCAAGUCACAUGAUAACAGGCAAUGUGUCAGGUCCGUGUAUGUCUGGCUUCUACUAUGUGACAGAACUGCCUAAGACCAAUCUGUUUCUGCUGGUAAUUGAAGACUUCAAGGAAUACACUGAAACCAUCUUUUUUAAUUUCAACUGCAAAAUAGCAAGGAGUGUGGUCAACUCUGGAGCCUACAGGAUCAUCAAUGGCACCUGUGCUCACCAGGACGCGGCAGAGACCACCCUGGCAGACCAGGGGGUGUGUCCCGCACUGAGGGAUAUAGAGAUCCCAUGUACCUAUACCACAGCCACUCACACACAGGUCUCCUCAUGUGUUAUGACACUACUGCUGGUGGUAGCUGUGUAUGUUAUCCAGCACUAGGAAGGGGGGUGUCCAGUGAUGAGAAGUAUGGAAGUCCUAGGCACUGACAAUACUGCCAAUCUCCAAAAGGCCUCAGUUGUGUUCAUAAGAGUCAGGCCAUGGUGCAUUAUAGAGAAAUAAAUAAUAUUGUAUAAUGUUCAUGUAGCUACGUUGAAAAGUGCAGCAGUUUAAGCAGGUGUUCCAUGUUAGUUCCUCAGUAUGGAAUGGAGGUUUUACAAUUACAGAACUUUUCAUAGUGCCAGUUUUCAUAUGCUAGUUUAUAAGAGCUGGCAGAACGUAAAAUAUUUGAACUUGUUCUUGGCACUUCUAAUAAAUGUUGGUGAAGUACAUGUAUGUUGAUCAGUGUUUAUAAAUGUUUAUGAUCAUGUUAAAUAUUUAUAGUAAGUUUUUACAGAUUUAAACAUAUCUCAAUAUUUCAAUUUGGACAUAUCCCAAUAUUUCAAGUUAAAGUGCAAUACUCAGUCGAUUUUUUUUACGUGACUGUAUUUUGGUCUCAGUUUCUAUCAUAACAAAUAUUCAUAUUACAGAACAUGUAUAUUAGAUUCGUUUAUUUUCUUUAUAAACUUACACACACACACAAAUAGUUUUUCAUAAUUAUUUAAGGAUGUUAGUAUAGCUUUUUAGUAUAGUCUUUUUCAACAUGUUUACAGUGUAGUAAAUAUACAGGUCAUAUGUAGCUCAACAGAAAUUACCAAAGACAUU